AUGACGCGUUCAUGCUCCUUGAUAUCCGCGUGGAGUAAAGCAAAGCCUGUGGUGAAGGCUAAAACCGAUGUCCAGUUUCAACAAGAACUUCAGCAUAUUUUUGAUCGCCCGCACAAAUUAAUUGCAUCAAAGCACCCACAUCUCACAGCGGCGCAUCUGUUGGUCUUUUAUAGUGGCUCUCGUGGCAAUCUUAGGCUUGGGAACAUCGGAUCUGUCGUUAUCCGCAUCGACCGUCAAACACCUACAGCCGAAGCAGUGUGGAGCGCCGCCAUGAGCUAUGCGCACCACAGUAGCCAGUAA